AUGGCUGUAACUGAAUUUCCCUCAGCGGGAGAAUCACCCGACCUCACCCUCCUGAAUGUCGCCCGUCUCUUCACCCGCCUCGAGCACAAUCUCGUCUCCCCAGGUGCGGAGCUCCGCACCCUGCGCCGGUCAGAGUUCCAGCGCAUGCGAGUGACCAAGAAUGUCGAGUACGCCCGAAUCCUCCUCUCGCAACUCGAACGCUCGCUCCCGCAAUUGAAGCAACCGGAUCGCCGACACGAAGCGCAGGCGGAAAUUGCGCGCGAUAGACAGCUCCUUAAGCGAAUGCAAACUAUCCUUGACGAAGUGGACAGUCGUGCCGAUGAUAAUGACGAAGCGGAGGACGAUGUAGACGACGAGUGGAAGGAGCUAUUCUCCAAACCCAUCGUGGAGAAAGUUGUAUCAUCUGCGGACACAACCUCGAAAUCACAGCCGCGAGUUCAAAUAAACGAAACCGACACCAACUCCACAAACGCACCCACUACCACUACGGCAACCGCAACAGCUACCUUCACUCCCACCCCCACCCCAUCAAUAGAGCCAAACUCUACCCUUCGCAACCGAAACACAACAACUUCAUCCCCGAAACAAUCUACCGGACACACCACUGGAAGCAAUUAUGGACAGGACAUGAAUGCCUCCACCGAAAAGGCGCUCGACAACGACCGCUCCGAGCAAGAAGACCUCACCGGUUCUCUGGUCUCGAUGGCCACUCAAUUAAAAGCCCAGUCCAAGUCAUUCCAAAGCACACUGGAAAGCGAGAAGGAUGCACUGGAGCGCGCCGCUCUAGGAAUGGACAAGACUUCGUCGACGAUGGAGGCGGCGGGGAAGCGGAUGGGGAUGUUGACGCGCAUGUCGGAGGGAAAAGGAUGGUGGGGGCGGAUGAUGCUCUAUGCGUGGAUCUUUGCGUUGUGGAUUGUCGCUAUCUUAAUUGUUUUUGUUGGGCCCAAGUUGAGGUUUUGA